AUGGACUUUGAGAGCAGCUUCCAGAGCAGCACGUCGCUGUACGGCGGCGGUGCAGUGAGCAGCACUCCGAAACUGAAAACAUCAGCUCAGUGGAGAGUGUGGAUAGCGCAUAUUCGGUCAUACGCUCAGGGGUAUGCAGUAUGGGAAUAUUUGGACCCAGCUGUCGAGGCACCACCUGAAUUGGAGAAACCCGAAUAUCCACAUCCGAGUGAGGCACGAGAAGGUGCUGAAUCGAUUCGCGACCUUAGACAGACGGAUAUGGCAGUCUGGGAAUACGUGAGAGAUCAGUACAAGGAACGGAAGAGCGAAUAUGAGCGAGUUCAGCGAUACUUGCCGCAAAUGACCCGCAUCAUCCGCGAUACGUUAGCUCCUGAGCAUUUCCACUACCUUGCGGAUGAAGAGACCCCACGGAAGCAGCUCGUGAAGCUGAAAGAGAUCUUUGCGCCGAGUGAUAUAAGAAGGUUGCUCGACGUUCGAGACGAGUGGCUUCGGCUUCGCAUUGCAUCUCCAAAAGGGACGAAUUUAGACACCUGGUUAACGAAGUGGAUAGCUCUGUACGAGGAGUGCAAGAGUGCAGGGGUGAAACAGAUGGAAUCAGACUAUGAAUGCGUUUAUGACUUCCUCCUGGCUGUUAAACCCCAUUCACCGGCAUUCUUUGCCAUCUGGUAUGAGAAGACGAUUGGAGAAAGAAAGGCUGUCAAGUUUCAUGAACUUGUCACCAACUUCCGAUCGUACGUAGCGGCAGAGAAGCAAGGAAGAGACACAAACCCAAAGAUAAGCUUUGCAACCCUACAUGGCCAGCAGGAGCAGAAGCAGCAUCAGGCAGCUCAACCGGCAAAGAGCUCGCCGACCCGAGACAGUUUUGAAUGUCCCUGUGAGAGGAAGCCAAGAUUUCACAACAUCAGGACAUGCUGGUAUAUGAGGGAGGAUAUCCGACCAGAUGGAUGGAUUCCAAACCCUGAGAUUGAAGAACGAGUCAAAACCAAGAUGAAGGACUCGAAGGUUCGGGUUGAAAUAGAGAGAAGGCUUCAACAAGCGAAAGAGCAGGAAGAAAAGAAGUCAUUCCUGAGCGUUCAGAUGGAAGCGCCAGAGUAUAGCUUCUUUACCUCUCAACUUGGCGGUCCCGUGAGCGCAUGGCCUACAAAAGAGGAUUCGAUGGCCAACACGAAGAAUAACAUUGCCACAACGACGCAAGAUAAAACCUCGUAUGCUCUACAGAAGAGCUGGGUCCUUGAUUCAGGCGCGUCGUGCCAUGUUUGUAACGACAGAAGUCGGUUCACGAGCUUCAAACCAAUCACUGAUAGCAUUCGGACCGGAGACUCGCAAACAGACGUGAGCGGCAUCGGGGAAGUACGAAUUCGAGGCAAAAGACCCUGUACAGGAGAGACCGUGGUGAUCAAGCUGAGCAAUGUGCUCUAUUCGCCAAAUUUCCUGACGAACCUAGUGUCCUUGAAACUUCUGCGAGAUCACAAUGUCAAAUGGGAUGCAGACCAAGACAUUUUAUUCCAUCAUAGCGAGGGGAUAGCGAAGAUCGAGUUUCACCAUGGAAUGUGGGUGAUCGAACAUAACGAGAUGGAGACCGCGCUUGCAACCCACAGACGGCAAAGGGAAGCGCACCAGCCUCGCCAGUCCAAGAAGCCCAAUCGAAGCUCAGAGAAACCGCUAGUCUCUAAAGCAACAGCAGACGUAUGGCACCGAAGAAUGGGCCAUAUGCACACAGAGAGACUUGAGAUACUCGAGAAAAUGGUGGAAGGAAUGGAAAUCGUCGGGCCUAUCAGCAAGCAGUCGGCUGAGCACAAUCCAGAGCUGUGCCAGGUCUGCCAGGUCACGAAAGCCCACCGUCAAAUCUCAAGGAGAGCGACUGGACAGACGUAUGGGCCGUACGGACGAGUUCAUUUCGAUCUGAUUCACAUCAACGAGGGUUACAAUGGCGAUCGAUGGAUAACUCACUUCUACAUCGACGGAAUGAGGUUCCAUGCAGCGUAUACCCACGAGAGCAAGAAUGGCGUCCAGUUUGCAGUAAAGGACUUCCUACCAUACGCACGGCAUGUGUUAGGGAUACCUUUAAAGGUUGUCAAAUUUGACAAUGAGCGGAGCGUUAGCCAUGAUGUGGAGCGAAUCAUCAGGGAGAAUGGUUUUGUUAUCGAGCAUUCAGUUCGAGCCGCACCAGAACAGAAUGGACACGCGGAACGAUCUGGGGGGGUGGUCAUACAGAGAGCAAGAUCACUGCUCGAGGAUGCAGGCUUACCAAAGAAUCUGUGGCCUGAAGCUAUCCGAGCAGCAGUCUAUAUCCUCAACAGAUCGCCCACGCAUGUGGCUGGACGAUGGAUCAUCCCAUGGCAAGAAGUGACGAAGAAUGCUGGACACGAGCAAGCAGUCUCAGUCGCAAAUCUGAAGGUGUACGGAAGCUUGGCGUACUGCAGGAUCAUCAAGAUUCCUCAAUCGGAGAAGAUGCUCCCGAGAGCAGAGAUUGGAUAUCUCGUAGGCUACGUUGCCUCGAAUAUCUGGAGGAUCUGGUUCCCACAGCGAAACAAGGUGGAAGUCGUGAGAGACGCGAAAUUCGACGAAACACGGAAAUAUAAGCCUGAUAGGUUGCCCGAAGAGAUAGUCAGCCAGAUGCCUGUUCAGAUUCCGGAGAUUAUUGGAGACGUGGAAGAUGCAGAGCCCACGAGAGGUUCAAUUCCACUAGUCAUGCAGAGCCGAGCGCGUCAGAAUGCGGAGAAAGGACCAGAGAGAUUGGCGCCGUCGACUCAGGAGAGACUGCCGACGCCAGCAGAUUCGGCCAAGGAGACAAGAGGGACAGAAGAAGAAGAGGGAGAUACUAUCCUAGAAAGAUUUCCAGCGGACCCGCCGAUCCCUACCACUCCAUCGCAGACUCCAUCCGUUGUCGAACCAGACAAUGUUUUCGAAGAACCCGACGACGUCCGACAGAUAACAAGCGAGCUAGCUGCCGAACAAGAGAGAAACUCGGCGCCGAGAGACAUCCACGGAGAUGUAGACGAGACGAACAUCGUCGUUGGUUCGAGGAAAAGGAAAGCACACGAAGACCCUGACUUCGUGAGUAUGCUUGCAGCUCAGGACUCACCCGGAAUACUGUCUGCGUUUACGGCAGCGCAUAGUAUAAAGCAACCAAGGGGUCAGAUUCACCGGGACGACCUCCCGCCGGAGCCGGGAAAUUGGAAAGAGAUGACGAGGCACCAGUAUUCGGAAGCAUUUAUGGCAGCAGCAGCUACCGAAGUGGCAGGCCUCGAAAAGAAGAACACAUGUGAAGUUGUCAAAAGACCGAUGGAUCCGAAUAAGCAGGUUCUCCCACUGACUUGGGUGUUUACCUACAAGUUCGACUCGGAUGGGUACUUGGUGAAAUUCAAGGCAAGGAUUUGCGUCAGAGGAGACCUUCAGGUCAUGACUAGCGACGAGAAACGAGCUGCCACACUCGCAGCGAAAACCGCAAGAGCGAUAUUCGCGAUGGUCGCUGCGUUCGGGCUCGAUACGUAUCAAUCCGACGCGAUUAGUGCAUUCCUGAACAGUUCGCUAGACGACGAAGUCUACACACAGAUGCCUGAAGGCUACAGAGCCUCUGGGAAGUGCUGGAGACUACUUCGAGCUCUUUACGGACUAACAAAAUCACCCCGACUUUGGCAACAAGAAGCAACACGAGUGUUCAAGAAGCUCGGUCUUACACAAGUUCCCGAGGAUCCUUGUCUAUUUACGGCGGACAGGAUCAUUGUCUUCUUUUACGUCGAUGAUAUUAUUAUCGUGAAUCAUCCGACUGUACGGAAAGAAGCCCUAAAACUAAGGGAAGCUAUCGGGCAUGAAUGGGAAAUAAGAGGACUAGGUGAAGCGCAGUGGUUCCUUGGAAUCCGAAUCAUACGGGAUAGAAAGCAAGGGAAGUUAUGGCUCUGCCAGGAUUCGUAUUUACGAUCUAUGGGCAUGAAAUUUGGAGCGAUCCAUCGACGGCGAUGCGAUACGCCCCUUCCCGUGGAAGAUCUGCGACCAUACGAUGGAAAGGCCUCUCCUUCAGAGAUCCAUCAAUAUCAGCAGAAGAUUGGAGCAGCUCUGUACGCAACCAUCAUCACCCGACCAGAUGCAGCACGGGCGAUUGGCAAGCUUGCAGAAUAUCAAACCAAUCCAGGACCCAGACACCUUGAUGCCAUCGAUCGUGUCAUCUCCUACCUCUACCAGACGAGGUUCCUCGCUAUCGAAUAUACAGCGAAUAGGAGAUCUGAGGCAGUCACUUCAGAAGGGUAUCUUUGCACACUUUUCGGUGGCGCAGUGGAUUGGAAGGCAGCAAAACAACGGACCGUGACAACGUCAACAACAGAGGCUGAGCUGUUGGCGCUCACGGAGGCAGGGAAGACAGUACAAUGGUGGAUGAGGUUAUUCAAGGAGAUCGGAUUUGAUCCUGAGCACCCGAUCACUAUCAGAUGUGAUAACCAGCAGACGGUUGACUUACUGCGAAAGGAAGAUCCUCAGCUUCGGACGAAGCUUCGGCACGUAGAUAUUCACCGUCACUGGCUAAGACAGGAGGUCCAAGAAGGAAGAAUCUCCGUUGAAUGGGUUCCCACGGCCGAAAUGGCCGCGGACGGCCUCACCAAGCUUCUCCCGCGGAAGAAGCAUCAGAAGUUUGUGGAGAUGCUAGGCUUGGUGGACCUGAGAACACAUUUAUCUAACCAUGAAGACUGA